UAACAGUAUGUAAGGUUCUGUCAUUGGUACAAGAUUUUUUUUAGUCAAUUACAAAAGAGGAUGACGGGGCGUUUUUUAUUUUUUCCCAGGGAGUACGAUUGAAUUUUAAUCUCACAACACAUCGAGUCGUUAUAAUGCAUAGAUUAUUAAUUUGAUCAGUUAUCCAAGCCGAUAUUUCCCUGAUACAAAAUGGAUAAGGACGACGUGAUUUAUGUGAUAUUGCUGUUGUUUUCAAUCGGGUUCGGAAAAGUGAUUCGCACUAUUGAGGAUGUCAAGAAAAAAAGGAAUUUGGCCACUGCUGUCGGUUUCUUAAUCGUUCUAGCCGUCUCUGGUCGUCAUAUUUGGCAUUCUCUAUGCUUAAUACUCGUUAAUGCUUUUAUCAUCACAUCACUUGAAAAAACAGUAAUCCCUGCAGUGAGUUUUGCAUUUUCAUUUACAUAUCUUAUAUUUUUCCGAAUGACUGAGUACAUUGGAAUGUCAUCUCCCUCUGGUCACUCUAAUAUGGUUCAAAUGAUUCUUACUCUGAAGCUGGUUGGACUUGCAUUCGAGGUAAAAGACACUCAUAAAGGCAUUACUGAAGGAAGGAAAGAUCCUGAGUUUGAAAUGUCCAAAAUUCCUAAUCCUACUAUUCCAAGUAUCAUUCAUUAUUCAUUUUGCUAUAUUGGUGUUUUGACUGGACCUUAUUAUUCCUAUAAAACAUACUUAGAUAUGCUUAAUUUGCAAUUUUCGCGAUUUACCAAAUGUUCGCAGUAUGCAGUGCAAAGACUAAAAAUGUUACCAUUUUAUGGUUUUGUGUUUGUUUUAGCAAAUUACUAUUUCCCUUUUGAAUAUGCACUUGCAGAAGAAUUUUAUGAGGAUAGACAUUUUAUGUACCGCCUUUGGUACAGUGUACCAAUUUUCUUGCAAUUUAGGAUGAGGAUGUACAUUGGGAUGAGAAUGUCAGAAGCUGUUUGCAUAAUGGCAGGCGCAGGUUGUUAUCCUUCAUUCAGCGACCCGAAACCUGGCAAAGGUCCUAGUAAAGAAUAUGUACAAUUGUAUAACAUAAGGAAUAAUUUAAAGAAAGCCCAGGCCUGUGAGUACGACUUUAAAGCAAUUCAUAACAUCGAACCAGCAGGGGCAGAAUUUGACAUGACUGUAAGAAAUUCGAUGAAAAGCUGGAAUAUGACUGUCCAGUAUUGGCUUGCAAAUUAUGUAUUUAAAAGAUUUCCAGUAAACUCGUUAAGGUUGCUCGCCACAUUUUCUGUUUCUGCUCUUUGGCAUGGCAUAUAUGCUGGAUACUACUGCACAAUCUGUUCUGUGCCAUUUUAUUUACCUAUUGAAGAUAUUUAUUCCCGCCGUUUAAAAACUAUUCAAGUGUCCAGCUUUGUUAGCAAUGUGUGGAGAAUAUUUGCAGUUUGCUGGCGUUUAUUUCUAAUGGGUUAUUGGGGAAUAACUUUCCGCCUUCUCACAUUAGAGGCAUCGUUUAAAUACUGGAAAUCAGUUUAUUUUCUUCCGACGAUCUUCACAUUCGUACUUUAUGGGCUAUCAUUCCUCAUUUUUAAGAAGAGAACAAACAACGGUGAGAACACACGAAGCAGUAGAGAAAAGGGUGACUGAUCAGAGGGCGUAAGAGAUUAUAUAGUCGAACGCAAUAGGCAUUUGAAGAAAUUCAGUAAUGCUUCGGGAAUUAAGACAACAUGGUUAUAACAAUUAUAUUUACUAUAGUUUUAUUUUAUUAUUAUUAUUAUUUUUUUUUAACUUUAUGCUAAGACCAAUUUGAACAUGUUGUUUUAAUGAGAAUUUUUCAAAGUAUUCUUUUAAAAAUGUUUAAACAGUGGAAAGGGAUAGCAAAUAAGCAUAUUUGUAAUGCAUAAACACAAGACUUCCAUUAGCGUGGUUUAAAAAAAGAAAAAAAAAAAGAGAAAAAGAAAAAAUAAAGCACGUUAAAAUAUUAAUAUUUAAUAUAUAGAUGUAUAUCUUGGAAGAUAUAAAAUGACUUUGCUAUUAAAACUACAAAGAUAGUUAUAAUUCCUAGACAUGAUUUGCUUUUCAAGCAUCAACAUUUUAAAAAAAUGCAA